AGUGACGCAAAUAAGAGACAAAACUAAUAUUCAUCGAUGUCAAUCCCAUGAUUUGAUAAAAAUUGCGUGUGGAAUUGCUGAUUAGUUCGGCUGGAUGUGACUACAAAAACACCAGUGUCCCAGCGAUGCAAUCCCUUUCUUGAGCUCGUCUUGGUUCUCGUUCGCGACAUCUCAAGCAUCCUCAUGCAAUAAGUCAUAGUCUCUUCUUCAAGACGCAGAAUACACAAUCACUCACUUUACAAAAAGCAGGGUCAUAACUAAGUCAUGAGUCCAUCAGCGAGAUCCAGUUCUCUAUAUGCUGACAAGAAGCUCUCCGUCUCUUUCUCUGGCUCUGGGUUCUUAUCAACUUACCAGCUGGGGGUAGUGCGGUGCUUUCUGAACCACGCGCCAACGGUACUGCACGUUGCACCGAGAAUCUUUGGUGCGUCUGCCGGUUCUCUGGUGGCGGCUGCUGUGGUAUGCAAAGUGAGACCGGAACGAGUUCUGGAUGAGUUGUUAAGUUUCGCGCGGCAGUUGAGGGUGCUUGCAUUUGGACCAUUGAAUCCGUCAGGGAAUGUGUUGCAUUGGAUCGAGCGCACGAUGAGAAAGAUUCUACCGCACGAUGCGCACCGACUGGCCAGCGGGCGCCUUGCGGUAGCGAUGACCAGAGUUCCAGAUGGCAAGAACACCUUGGUGUCAAAAUACGAGUCCCGUGAAGAUGUGAUACAGGCACUAUUGUGCAGCUGCUUUUUUCCUGGUUACUGUGGAAUGGUGCCCCCAAGUUACAAGGGUGUGCAUUACGUGGAUGGCGGCUUCACCAGCAUUCAGCCGCUGAAAGGGGCGCCAUCUAGUCGCAUCCUCACCGUGUCCCCGUUCGCCGGCGAGAUGGACAUCUGCCCCCAAGGCCAAGAGAGCGCAUCGUGGUAUUGCGUGGUCAUAAGUGGAGCCUCCUUCAGGGUGAAUGUGGCCAACGGGUUCAGAGUCAUCCAUGCUCUCUACCCCUUUCAUUUAGAGACUUUGGAAAAGGCCUACAGCAGUGGAUACAGGGACACCAUCCGUUUCCUCCACGACAGGAACUUGGUCUCGUACUUGUCACUGGUCAAAACACCGUCGGAAUCCUGCCUGGCCCUGCCUCCUGACGGAUGGACAGAUCUAGGAGCAGCCUGGGGGGAGGACACAGGGGGAGAGACAGAGGUAGAGAUGGAGGAGACGAAUGGAGAAGGAGAGGAGGAGGAGGGAGAGGUUGAACAGGAGAAGAAGAAUGAACAGCUGGAAGAUUGGGAAGACAAGCUGAGGAUCUUUAUGACUGACAGCAAAGACUGUCAGAGACAAGGCUCCCUGGUAGUGGAUCUGGCAAGCCUGGAGCAGGAUCUAUACCUGGUCAUGCCUGCCUGGUUACAAAUGUCAAUGCUCUGCAACAUCCUGGCGUAUCUAAGCAACAACAAAUUGUUGUGGACCUACAUGUCCAUGCGAUUGCUGUCAUACCUGCUCUUACCCGUCACCCUGCCUCUCUGCCUUUUCCUCAGAAACGUCCAAAACAUACCCAGCCGGGGAGGAUGGUGGAGUGACCUGGGGGUGUGGCUGACACAGACUCUCAAUCUCACCUUCUGGGUGUGGCAGGACCUGAGGCAGUUCACCUUCUUCGCGGUUAACACCAUUGUCUCCACCAUCGAGAGGAACGUGGAGGACUGGCUUGAGGUCGAGGUGGAGUAUGAAGGUCCAGUGGUGAGGCCUCAGGGACAGUGGAGCUCCAACCUCCGCCUUCACCUGUCCUCCUCCAGCCCCACCUCUCGCCACACUCCUUCUCCUCCUCCGGACCCUCUCCAGUACACCGUCCUGUUCCGGCUGGAUGUGGAGCCUGGGGAAAGGGAGGUGUGGAUGAAGUCCCCUAAGGACAUAUCCGUCAAGGGCUGAGAGAUGGGACUAAACCAGACUCAACUCUGGCUUGGAUUCGGUCUGUUUGCUAUGACUCAGCCAUCCCUUGACAAAAGAACCACAUCAGAUGGAUUGUUUAAUUAAAUCCUCAUUAUUUA